UAACUUAUCAUGCACUCUUUCCCCUUUCCCGCCAUUUUCUCCCCCAAUUCUGAGAGAAUUUCGCUAGGGUUUCAGAAAUUGAUCAAGAAGAACGAACAAUUGCUUCUUGUAGCUGUUAAUGGUGGAAAUUGAAGUCAAUCCAGUACUCAACGUCACUCAUACGAUCACCAAUUAGCACAUCAUAUCUCGUUAAAGUGUUUCAAAGCGAAAAAAUGGCGGAAGCUAGGGUUUCUAACAGAACGCCUCUGCGAGCAGGGAUAAUAACCAAAAUUAGAGUCGAAAACUUCAUGUGUCAUAGUCAUAUGGAGAUUGAUAUGGGAGAUCGGGUUAAUUUCAUCACCGGACAAAACGGAAGUGGAAAGAGUGCGAUACUUACGGCGUUGUGUAUAGGGUUUGGUUGUCGUGCGAAAAGUACAGAUAGGGCUACUACAAUGAAGGAGUUUAUAAAGACUGGUUGCAGCUACGCCCUUGUUCACUUGGAAAUUAAAAAUCAGGGGGAAGAUGCUUUUAAGCACGACCUUUAUGGAGAUAUGAUAAUUUUAGAGCGUAGAAUCACCGAAUCAUCAAGUACUAGCGUUCUUAAAGAUCAUCAAGGGAAAAAAGUGGCUGGCCGAAGAGAAGACAUCCGUGAGCUUGUGGAACACUUUAAUAUUGAUGUUGAGAAUCCUUGUGUAGUAAUGACUCAGGACAAGAGUAGAGAAUUUUUGCAUUCGGGAAAUGACAAAGAUAAAUUUAAGUUCUUUUUCAAGGCUACACUUCUAAGUCAAGUGGAUGAUUUGUUAAAAAGCGUUAAGGAUAACCUUGAUAAGGCGAAUGGUGAGGUUGUUGGGUUGGAAAAAUCAAUAGCACCUAUAGAGAAAGAGUUAAAUGACUUGCAAGGGAAAAUUAGAAGCAUGGAGCAUGUUGAAGAAAUUGCUCAGCAGGUGCAGUUAUUAACGAAGAAAUGUGCAUGGUCAGUGGUAUAUGACAUAGACAAACAAAUCCAGGUAGAGGUUGCAAGGAUUAAAAAACUCGAAGAACGGAUACCUCGUUGUCAAGCUCGAAUUGAUCAGCAAAUUGCGAAAGUAGCAGAAAUACAGGACUUACUUGACAAAAAGAAAGCUCAAAGCGCCAUUUUGAUGGAAACUACCUCAAAAGCAAGGCAAAGGAAGAAUGAAUUGGAGCAGAAACUUUCUAAGGCUACAAAGGAGAAGCUUGAGUUGGAGCAAGAAUAUUAUCGCAGAAGUAACAACAUUGGUAAGAUGGUCAAAAGGAUUAAGUUGCUUGAGCAGCAAAUCAAUGAUGUAAACGAGCAACAAAUUAAGGACACACAGGCUGAAGAGUCUGAGAUGGAGAAAAAACUGAAGGAGCUUCAAGAUGAGAUAAAUGCUGCUGAAUUAGAGUCUCAAAGAUUGAAGAAUAUUGAGGAUCAAGUAUCUGAAAGUUUAGUUACUGCAAGGGAUGAACUUAGAACACUCACUUCUGAGAUCGAAGAUUGUGAGAAGAGGGUUAACGAGAGUCAGCGUCGCAUUCGUGACCUGCGACUUAAUCAAACACACAAGGUGACAGCAUUUGGAGGCUAUAAAGUUACCAAUCUUCUACAGGUUAUUGAGAGGAAUCACCGCAGAUUUAAAAAGCCCCCUAUUGGUCCUAUAGGCUCUCAUGUGGCAUUAAUUCAAGGUGAUAAAUGGGCCGUUGCUGUAGAAAAUGCAAUUGGCAAAUUACUUAAUGCUUUUAUAGUGACAGAUCAUAAAGAUUCUCUCGUAUUGAGAUCGUGUGCUAGAGAAGCCAACUACCCCUACCUUCAGAUCAUUAUAUAUGAUUUUUCUAUACCGAGGUUGCAAAUUCCACAUCAUAUGCUUCCUCAAACAAAUCACCCAACUACUAUUUCAGUAAUACAAUCUGACAGUCCAACAGUAGUGAAUGUUUUAGUUGAUAUGGGCGGGGCUGAGAGACAAGUGCUUGUAACAGACUAUGAUAUGGGAACUAGGGUUGCGUUUGACCAAAGGAUUCCAAAUCUGAAGGAGGUUUACACGUUAGAGGGCCAUAGAAUGUUCUCACGUGGUUCGGCACAGACAAUUCUACCUCCUAAUAAGAGCGCAAGGACUGGGCGUCUCUGUAGUUCAUACGAUGAUCAAAUUAAAAAGCAUGAACGAGAGGCACUACAUAUGCAAGAACAAGCACAGCAAAUUCGAGGGAAGAAAAGAAGCUUUGAGGAACGGGUUCAGAAUCUUCAGAAUGAACUAAGCAAUGCAAAAAGACAACGCACUGGUGCAGAGAAGCGGGUAAUGUCUAAAAAGUUAAGUCUAGAGGAUCUGAAGAAAUCUUAUGCUGCAGAAGCCAUGACUUCAUCUGUUUCGAACGUUGAUGAGCUCCAUCACGAGAUUUCAAAAGUACAAAGCGAUAAAAGUGAAAGCGAAGUUUUGCUUGAGAAGAUUCAGGAGAGAUUGAAUGAAGCCGAUGCUAAAGUGAAUGAAUUUAAAGUCUUGUUUGCCGAGCUAGGUGAACUGGCAAAAGCAGACAUCAAUGCUUUAGACAAAGCAACUCGUGAGUUGACUCAGAUCGAAGAGGAUCUAAGUGCUGCAGAUGCGGAUAAACGCCAUUUUGACGGACUCAUGCAGCAGCAGGUUCAUAAGAGGAUUGAAACCUCAAAACAACAACUUAAGGAAAAAGAAAAUGAGCGAAAGAUAAAUUCUGAAAAGGCGUCUAUUAUAUGUCCCGAGAGUGAGAUUGAAGCCUUAGGAGGAUGCGGCGGGGAUACUUCUGAGCAACUUCAAGCCAACCUUAAAAGGCUAAAACUUAGACUUCAGCAAGAGAGCCAGAGGCAUGUGGAAUCUAUUGAUGAACUUCGGAUGCAGUAUAAUAAGAAUGAGCGUAAGAUCAAAAAACAACGCGAAACCUACAAAGCAUUUAGAGAUAAACUUUCUGCAAUUCAUACGGCUCUUGACAAACGAUGGAGUAAGUUUCAGAGGAAUGCAACUCUUUUAAAGAGGCAGCUGACGUGGCAAUUCAAUGGUCAUCUUGGAAAAAAAGGGAUCAGUGGUCACAUUAAAGUUAGUUACGAGGAGCAGAAGCUUUCAAUAGAGGUUAAGAUGCCACAAGAUGCAUCUACUAGCAAUGUUCGUGACACUAGAGGGCUUUCAGGAGGGGAGCGAUCAUUCUCAACUCUCUGUUUUGCGCUAGCUCUUCACGAGAUGACAGAAGCCCCAUUUCGAGCUAUGGAUGAGUUUGAUGUGUUUAUGGAUGCUGUCAGCCGGAAAAUCAGCUUGGAUACAGUUGUAGAUUUUGCUCUCACACAAGGUUCCCAGUGGAUAUUUAUCACGCCUCACGAUAUAAGCAUGGUAAAACAUGAUGAGAGAAUAAAGAAGCAACAAAUGGCUGCUCCUCGGUCAUGAACAGAACUACCUCAUGUUUUUAGGUUAUUUUUUGUGACAUUUUUUGUUUAUUUGAAAUGCUGAAUUGUAAAUUAUGAUGUAACUUUAAAACCUAAACAUCUUCACUCAGCAUGAAAGUAAGAUCAAUGUCUAUUGAACUGUCC